AUGCAGCGUGGCUGUACGGUUUUAUGAGUGUCACUUGACUCGUUGACAAACACUACCAACACAUUUGCGCAUACUUAUAUUUUUUAUUUAACGGGCUUGAGCCAUGUAUGUAAUCUGCUUUGGGAGUUUUUUUUCCGAAAGUUUUUCAGAUAUCACUUUGGUAUAAUUCAUAAUACCGUUAGAAAUUUUAAUAAAGGUAUUGUUAAAUUCAGUUCUGUUUUAUGUAUCUAUGGCUCAUGUGCGAUAGUACUAUCGGAAAGCCCCGAAUUUUUGAUUUUUUUUUUGGAUUGGGACUGUACAGGUCCAUCAUGCCGUCGCCAAAUUCAUCAUGCCAACUCGGCCCCAUAAUAAAAUAAUAAAUCCAAAAAAAUUGAGUGGCUCUAUCAUUUUGGCGCGCACUAUGUAAGGAGAUGUUGUUUCAGCGUAAUGUUGUUCACGUCUGUUUUAAACAUUAAAAUUGACAGCGUUGUAAUAGUCCGAUGGAACAAAGCGUAGACAAAACUACCGUUCUCGAUGAGUCGCGGGGGUAGCGAACGCCGAUCGGUUACAUAAAUAAAAAAAAUAGGUUCAAGAGACAACAUAUUAGAGCACUCCGAUCAACUUGCUUUUGUCUAACGUUUUCUGGUUUCUCUUCUUUUUGUGAGGCGUUUGUUAAUUUCAAUCCGCUUUCCCCCAACAGUUUAAGUACCCUGAGUACACACAAUUUUUCACACUCCCACAGAAACCCGGCGCGAAUUUAGAUUGAUGUUUCCUAGCGCAGAUUUGAUCGUGUGUUUUGCUCCUUACAAAGGCUACCGGUGUUUAAGAGAGAGAGCGCUCAUUUUUAAAAUAUCGGGCUUGACCGUAGCCUGUGGGCUUUUAAAAUUGAGGAGUAAAAUCCCGGCAAAAAAAUCACCUUUUCCUAAACGCAUUCCGAAGAGAUAUAGCAUAAAGACGUUUUUUGUAUAAAGUAGGCUUAGCUGUGACCAAUGUAAACGCUAUAACCAAGUUCUGUACUGUAGAUUAAACUGAUGUGAUUUAGCGAGUACUCUUGCAUGAAAAGUUUAAUUGUAUACAUAUUUACUAACAACGGUAAAGUUUAAUCUGACGGCUGGUUUAACUCACCCCUAUUUGAGCCACAUACACUCACUCCUGUUUGAGUCACGGUUUCCACGGAUUAAGCCAUCCCGCGUGGCAAAAAAAAACUGAAGCGACAUUUGGAAAUUGACAAAAACAACAGAUUAAAGUGAAGGUUGUCAAAUAGCAAAAAAGAUUUUGACCAUUUUCAGCAAACGUUGCUUGUUGCACUAUGAGUUUUACCUCCUCUUUUAUAGCAAUUACGUCAAUUUAAUCGCGCAAAAAUUUGUUUAUUUUUACUUCAAUUUUACUUGGCCAAUUUAGUCCAAAAGUUUUUCUCUAGCCUCACCCUGGAAAGUUUCCAUAAGUUUAUUGAAAUGCAUACCCAACCAAAUUCAAUGAAUUUUCGCUGUGAUUUUUAUUAAAAUGUUCCUAUAAAAUGAAAACUGUACCUGCUCAAAUGAUAUAAUUUCUUCGAAAAAGCCCCUUGAAACCUUUCAUCAACAAAACUGCCAUGAUUUUGCUUAUUUGUCCGCGUAUUUAGCCAUUCAAAUCGCACUUCAGCUGUCUUUUGAACGAUUGUUUCGAUUUUGGAGGGUUCUAGUAGUAGCUCACGUGCUGGGUGCAAUUUUAAGAGCAGCACUUGAAAAAGGGGUCCGAAAAAAGUCAUGCGUAUUGACGACGGGGAAUUUACGAAAUAAUUCCGACAUUCGCAGAAUCGACGAAAUAUACAAUUGUCCUUCUCCGAUCGCUCUUAAACCUGGACUGCAUUUCGUUUCAGCCGGUGGUACUGUAGAAGUUUGAUUGAUGAUUUUUCGUUGAUCAUUCUCCCUACAAUUCGAGUUUAGAAUAAAUGUAGGAUUUUAGUUUAAUGAUCAACCUUUCGUUGACGAAAAUUAGCGGAAUUUACGCUACAGUUACGGUUCUUAAAUGAUAAACAAUUAUUUGAGCAGUUAACGUGAAAAAUCUCUAUGGUGACGUUUAGUCGGGGUCUCACGUCACGUGGGAGUCGUCUCAAUUUUUAAGAGUAAUCACUAUUUGAUUUUCCAAUUUAAAGUUCCUUAGGGUAUCCUGAUCGUUUUAUUCUAGAUUUUUUUGAUUGUGAACCGAUUUUCUGGGCCUAACCAAAAGGACUUCCAAACGGCAUUUUUUUUUUGAAAAUGGAUAAUCGAUAGGUCCGUAACUUCUAACCACGUAAUCAUUUUCUGUUUUUGUUCUCCUUGGAACAAUUUGGCAUUCCGAUCUUCGUAUGCGUCUAGUGAAAAAUUUGCAUAAAAAUUAUCCGAGCGCUUUGAAAAUAGUGCAAAAUUUCCCAAAAUUUAUAUGAAAAGAUUGGCGGGGAUAUGCAAAUUUUUGCUCCAAAAUACGAAUUUCAAAAUUCGACUUGCCACGUAAAUUCAAAUUUUGACCUUGAAAAUCAAAUUAUUCGACCAAAACGUGGAUUAUGAAGUCACACCCACGUCAAAAUCCUUCGGUGCCUUCUUGUGAGUGGUCGGUGAUCAAUAUUUCUCUUUUGGAAUCUUGGUGAGUUUAGGCUAGCUAACUCAAAAAAGGGAUGAUUUUUUUGAUGCGAUUAUUGUUGUCCAACUCUAAACUAUAAAGCAUCUAUUGAGGAAGUGAGUAGCAUCAUCUGCGCUAAUUUUAGAAAAUUACGUUUUUGUAGAUCAUGACUUAACCGGAUAAACAUAACGCUCUCAGCAGCUGCGAUAAUUCAGAGGCGGAGCGAACGCUUUUUUUCGUUUAUAAAGAGGGUAUCCUCAAAAAAGGGGAGGAUACUGUGGGUUGCACGGUUUAAAAUUUGCCAUAUUUUUUUAUUACUGUAACUUUUUUCUUUUUUCGCGUCAUUACGUGCCGUAUACUUUCCCUCUCGUUGUUUUUGAUCCUGAAUACUUUUAGUCGAUCAAAAAAGAUCAGAUCAAUCCGCUUGGGAAGCCCGCAGACCACCUACACAUCCUUGCCAUGACGUUGGACAAAAUUGGUGUUACGGUAGUGCUAUUACUACUUUUCGGUAAGUUUACUGCCAUAAUUGUUGUUUCCCUAUCGUGGCUUCACAAUGUGCACAUUAGAUACUGAAAAAAAGCGAUUUCCUUUCAAGUAGCGUCUGCGAUGUAGCCUAAAGUAAAGGAGUAUUUUUAAGUUUAAAAACUGUUUGCUGUCCCAGCUUUAAAACGCCUAUCUCUAUCCUUUUUGUGUCCUCAUAUGUCAUAUAACUCAUAUAAUCUCCUCACAUCAGGCUAUGUGAUAUAUAUUCAGCCGAACACUUACUUUGAACAGCCUCUUCAACUUAUAAGCCGGGAGCGCUAUAACAGCCGGAAAGGUAAUGAUGGCAAAAAUCUAUACCUAUUAUACCUAUAGGUAUAACUCUAUACCUAUAGAAUUACAAACACAUUCGCCUAGAUCGACCGAAGAGCACAAAAUUUCAAAUUUUAUACCAUAUGAUUUAAUAAUAUGUGGAGAUUUUCAGCAAAUUCCACCACUGCGGAAGAUCACAUUCCCGCCAGUUUCAAAGUCGACCAAAUCGAAGGCCUUCACUAUGCUUGUGACAACACCACCGCACCCCAAAACCACUUCAUCUACUGUUCGGGGCGCAUCCUUCAAGCCGUGCAAGCCUUCAAACUCUUUGAGGACUCCAAGACUUUCGUCGACAAACCUAUGAAAUACAGCCCAUUAGAAGUUUUGCAAAAGUUUGAGGAGCGAUUUCCAGAGGAUGAGAACAUAACAAAGGAGGCUCUUCAAGAAUUCGUCGAUGAGAACUUUGAAGGGACGUGCCACGAAUUAGCUGAGUAAGUAAAUUAAGACAAUAUUACAGUGGGGGACCUGAUCCAGUGGCAAAAAACGUACCAUUUUGCAUCCGGGAAGCAUCAAAAAUGUGGCAAAAUGCUUCCUGCAAGUGAAAGAACUUCGUUUUUAAGGCCGCACACUUUCCCUUACAAAAAGAGCGGGCGCGUUUUUGAAAUCGGAGUUUUUUCACUCGGAGAGGGAAGGAUUUUGCCACAUUUUGAUCCUUCCCGGAUGCAAAAUGGUACGUUUUUUGCCACUGGAUCAGGUCCCCUACUUUAGAUGGCGUUUUUUUUGGGACAACCCGUGAUAUCGAGUCGUUUUUUUGGAUGGUCAAAAAGAGAAACAAACAAAAUUUGUAAUGCAGCUCAAAAAAAAAUUCUGGCCGAAUUUUAAAAACCACACAUGAACACUUUUAAUCCCUCUAUUUUAGCUGUGAAUUAGAAGAUUGGAAUCCGAACCCACCAAGCUUCAAAGACAUUGCCAAUCAAGACUACUUCAAAUGGGCCACGGGUUUGAACGAUAUCUGGAAGAAAUUGUGCCGUAAAAUGAACCCCGAGAUCAAGAAUGCGCCGGAACGCUACUCACUGAUCUACGUGGAACAUCCGUUCGUCGUUCCAGGCGGGCGAUUCCGAGAGUUCUACUAUUGGGACUCUUAUUGGACCAUCAAGGGAUUGCUAGUGUCAGGUAGGCAAAGAUUAACGAGAAUGAGUGUAAUCUCCGGGUUUUAGGAAUGUACAAAACUGUAGAACACAUGCUUAUGAACUUUGCUAGCAUGGUAGAACAAUAUGGCAUGAUUCCGAACGGAGGGAGAGUCUACUAUUUGACGCGUUCACAACCUCCACUUCUCGCUGGAAUGUUUUUGGAAUACUAUAAAGCGAGCGGAAACAAAAAAUUCGUUGAGAAAUACUUGCCAGUCUUGGAAAAGGUAGGUCUUGUCCUUUUUCCAGAGUAAAACAACAAAUCCUUAGCCUGGAUAGCUCGUGAAGCAAGAGUUAACAUGAAUUCUUCAGGAAUUUCAAUUCUGGAACAGCUCUCGUAGAGUUGAUGUCAAACUAAAAUCCGGGGAAACCCACUCCGUCUUCCAAUAUCGCGCCGAUUCAGAUGCCCCAAGACCAGAAUCCUUCAGAGAGGACGUCGAGAUUAUCAAACAACUCACCUCCGAUUCGAAGAAGAAGACGGUCUGGAAGGAUCUGGCUUCUGCCGCUGAAUCUGGCUGGGAUUUCAGCAGUCGUUGGUUCGCAGACAAGCUGAGUUUGGCAACCAUCGAGACAACGAAUGUUGUGCCAGUCGACUUGAACGCGUACAUCUGUUGGAAUCUGAAGAUCUUGCGACAAUUUCACGAUGAGAUUUCAGGUAAUUCUUUUGCAUCGUUGAUUUUUUUGUCGAAGAAAAAGGAAAUUUCGUGAGAGCGAAAAGCAACAACCGAUUUUUUUCUUCUUUCUCUGCCCGCUCUCUUCCUUUUUUGUGUGUGCGCCCCCUUCCUCUCGCCACUCGACGAAAAUAGAACGAGAAGGGAAGAGAGCCCGGUUUCUUUUCGAAAUCAAAACAGAGAAAAGCGGGGAAAUCGUUGUUUCGCGGAUCGCCACGGCUUUGACGAAAUUCCCUUUUUAUUUUGACGUGCAUUCGUCUAUUUUUUCAUGGUAUUCAUAAUGUGUAUCCUCAUAAAAUCUUUUUAGGGAACAAGGAGAAGGUUGACCAAUUUGGAAAAUUGCUUGAUGCUCACCGCAGCGCUCUUCAAGCUGUCUUCUUCGUUGACAACGAGAAUCAAACAGGAUGGUUUGACUACAAUCUGAGGUCGGAGGUGCACAAUUUUGAAUUCUACCCCAGUUCCGUAACUCCGUUGUUCACAAAAGUGGUCGAAAAUCUUGGGGCCGAGAUGGAAGAGAAAAUCUACAACAACAUGAAGUUGAAGGGGGCUUUUAGCGAAGAUGGAGGUGUUCCAACAAGGUGGGGUUUUUAUUUUGUUUUGCUGUUUUAGGUAUCUUAAAUGAUGUCUUCUUAGACUUCGCAAAAAGCCUAGAAAUAGAAUCGCUUUUUAG